AUGGCAGCUGUCAAUCGAGCUGCAUCAGUUGUUCCUCGUCAUGAUGGAAGGGUCGUUCACCUGGACUAUACACCUCCUAAUGCAAAGGAGAUCGACACAUCGUUGUUCCUUGUCGGUAAAGGUAUCACAUAUGACACUGGUGGUGCUGAUGUGAAACCAAGUGGGAAUAUGGCUGGAAUGCAUAGAGACAAGUGUGGUGCAGCAGCGAUAGCUGGUUUAUUCAAAACUGUUGGUUUGUUGCAGCCUGGUGGGUUGAGUAUAUCAGCUGGAUUGGCCUUCGUACGAAAUAGUGUUGGAGCUGAAUCUUACGUGGCAGAUGAGAUCAUAGUUGCACGUUCUGGACAGCGUAUUCGUAUUGGGAAUACGGAUGCUGAAGGUCGAAUGGUUAUGGCUGAUUUAUUGUGUGAAGCCAAAGAAAAGGCUCUGAAGGCGACGAAUCCAUUUUUGUUUACAAUGGCUACACUGACUGGGCAUGUAAUUCGAGCAUAUAAACACUAUACGGCUGUAAUGGACAAUGGACCAGCACGAGUGAAGAAAGUCUCUCAGGAACUACAGAGUGCGGGUGAUUUAAUCUCAGAUGUUGUAGAAAUUUCAACUCUUCGUAAAGAAGACUAUGCCAUGAACAAGCCUAAAAGUGAAUAUGAAGAUUUGAUACAAUGUAAUAACUUACCAAGCAGUGCUACACCUCGUGGUCAUCAGAUGCCAGCUGCAUUUCUUGUUGUCGCCAGUGGUUUGAAUAAGCAUGGUUUGGAUUCUAAAACUCAACUACCAUAUACCCACGUGGAUGUGGCUGGUAGUGCUGGUGAGAUUUAUGUGACACCGACGGCUGCUCCAUUGAUGAUGUUUGCCAGGAGGUAUGUAUUGCCUCGAUUAGGUUUCAAGUGA